AUGAGAGUGAAGACAUGUUUAAAGACUUUCAGUCAAAAACCACACAGCACAAAGUUAAAUGGCCAACGACCAUUACCAGUACGAGACAUUUUGCUGUACUCCCCUGGGGAUGGGUCAGUUACACCUCUCUGUGACCCUUACAUGCUUGCAUGAGAUGAACCAUAAAGUAAAUUACAUUGCCAAUAAAUUCAGUUUGACAGUCAUUGCCGUUUCAAAGAGUAUAUGUUUUCACGACAGUCCCUCUGCGAGAGGCAUAUGCAAUUAAAGCUUUACCGACCAACAAAGACAAACUGUAACAUGCUAUACCCACGCCAUAAUGUGAGUGUCGCUGCUUAACAUGGGUGAAAAUGGAGCAAGUUGAAAAAAACUGUGGGACAAACAGGGCUCUUGGCAAAGGUGUUGAAAAGUGAGUUAGUGGUGAAUUGUGGCUGAGGUGGUGUCAUGCAGAUGGCUGCUCCCGUUGAUGCGUUGGAGAAGUGACAUCAACAUCAACGGUCAAAUUUGCUUAUUGAUGACUGGGGGAGGGCUCCCUGUAUAUAAGAGAGAGAACCUCGCCCCCCACCAACAAAGACUGAUCAACGCGUUGACUGAUCCAGUUCGGAAAAAAAAAGUCACUUUUCUUGGAAUCGAGGACAAAAAUCCAGGUUCUAAAAUGCUUUCAAUAAGGUACCUCGAGACAUUGCUUCUGGUGGUCUUCAUUGCCUGUUACAUCACAGAAGCAAAACCCCUGAGAAAGAGAUCCAUCAGUGAGAUGCAGCUUAUGCACAACCUUCAGGAGCACAAACAAGUGGGCGACAGACAGGACUGGCUGCAGGAGAAAUUAAAGAAAAUCAUCAGUCCCAGCAACAAACCACAACAGGGGCAACCUGCAAAUGUGAAGAGUCUUUUGCUGAAGAGUGAUUUCUCAAAGAGCAUAUAACAAGUUCAACUCUUUGUUAUUCUUCAUAAAUGAAAACGACAACCAAACCUUAUGCCACUCUUUCUUUAUUUUAAUUCACAAAAUGUCCGGUAUUUUAUUCUUAAUAUUUAUUUUCUUGUUUAUUUUUUGCGUAUAUUUUCAAUAUAUUAAGUUUUCAUAUGUAUUUUUAUAGUUAAAUUAUUUACAUAAUCUUCUACUGCUUAGUAAGAGGGGUUUAUUUGGAAACAUUUGGGAAAUUAUAUUAAUUGCUUUUUAUUUUAACUAAAUAAAAACACUACUUCAUUAAGAUUAUUUUAUAACUUUACUGUGAAAGUUUUCAAGAUAGUCUUGUGUUUUUUUGAUUUUGUACAUUCAGAAGGGAGUUUUACCUUUUUUAUUUAUUUGGGGGGGGGUCCUUUAAAGUACCACUUGAAGAGCUUCCCUAAAAAUCCUUUUUCCAACAGGUGACAUGAAAACAUGGAGCUCUUCCUUAGAUUUAGGAUCACAAACCUUAAAGCACAUUUAAAUGUUGCACUUUGUUCUCCAAUAUUAGAAAGCAUCUUUCUGUCAAAAGAAGCUAAAUAGGGCCCUCCAAUCACCAAUAAAAUGAACUUUCAUGGUGUUUUGUUCAUUCUUAUCUGCAGUCAUGUCAUUGUGGUAGGUUCAUACAAGUAUUUUCCUUCCUCAUUGCAGGACACGGUAAGCUUGAUACAAACCCUUUGACCUUGGAGUUGUUUGAUCUUUCAGCACUACUCAGAAGUAUCUGUCUAAAUGUCCCAGAAAUGUCUCAGAAAUUUGAUUUGUUGUAUUAAAAACUAUCAAGCGAUGUUACUAGAACAGGCUUUUCACUCUUUUUCUGUUAU